CGCCUCCGCCGCUGGCUGCAGAGACACUUCUUCGCAGUUCGCGUCGCGCACACACUCUCCCUUUGCCUCGCGCAGAGGCGGCCGCGCCUUCUCCGCCGCGAGGCAUGGCCGGCGCCGCCGCCGCCGUGGAGGACGCCGGGAUGGACGAGGUCCAGAAGCGGCUCAUGUUCGACGACGAAUGCAUUUUGGUGGAUGAACAAGACAAUGUUGUUGGCCAUGAAUCAAAAUAUAACUGCCAUCUGAUGGAAAAAAUCGAAUCUGAAAAUCUACUUCAUAGGGCUUUCAGUGUAUUCCUGUUCAACUCAAAAUAUGAACUCCUACUCCAGCAACGAUCUGCAACAAAGGUUACAUUUCCUCUAGUUUGGACCAACACUUGCUGCAGCCAUCCUCUGUACCGUGAGUCUGAGCUUAUACAGGAAAACUACCUUGGUGUUAGAAAUGCUGCUCAGAGGAAGCUCUUGGAUGAGCUGGGCAUCCCAGCUGAAGAUGUGCCAGUUGACCAAUUCACCCCUCUUGGUCGGAUGCUUUACAAGGCCCCAUCUGAUGGAAAAUGGGGUGAACACGAGCUUGACUACCUGCUGUUCAUCGUCCGCGACGUGAAGGUAGUCCCGAACCCGGACGAAGUGGCCGAUGUGAAAUACGUGAGCCGUGAGCAGCUGAAGGAGCUCAUCCGCAAAGCGGACGCCGGAGAGGAAGGCCUGAAGCUGUCUCCCUGGUUCCGGCUGGUUGUUGACAACUUCCUCAUGGGCUGGUGGGAUCACGUCGAGAAAGGCACCCUCAACGAGGCCGUGGACAUGGAGACCAUCCACAAGCUGAAGUAAGGACUGCGAUGUUGUGGCUGGAAAGAAUGAUCCUGAAGACUCUGUUCUUGUGCUGCUGCAUAUUACUCUUACCAGGGAAGUUGCAGAAGUCAGAAGAAGCUUUUGUAUGUUUCUGGGUUUGGAGCUUGGAAGUGUUGGGCUCUGCUGACUGAGAGAUUCCCUUAUAGAGUGUCUAUGUUAAUUUAGCAAACUUCUAUAUUAUACAUGAUUAGUUAAUUGUUCGGUGUCUGAAUAAAGAACAAUAGCAUGUUCCAUGUUUAUUUGCUACAUAUAUGAUGAUGAUGAUGCCAUUCCCUCGUAAGCUUUGAUUGA